CAGAGAAAAAUGAAAUAACCGUAACAGAGCCAGUACAAGACGAACCAGCAAAAAUUGAAAAAAAGAUAGUGAACCAACAAAAGUAAAACCAAUGGAAACGGAACUCUCACAAAAUGAGCUUACCGAAACAAAGCCAGUGAAAUUAGAACCAAUCAAACCAGAGACUGCAAAAGUUGAGCUUAACGAAACAAUUCCGGCUGAAAAAGAACAAUCAAAAGAUGAAAAUGAAGAAACUAAAAAGAUAAAGACUGAACCAGAAAAAGUUGAACCAAUCGAAAUCAAAUUUAAAGAAAACGAAAUUCAAGAAAUGGACUCAAUAAAAAUCAAAUCAAUAAAAACAGAAUCAUUAAAUCAUGAACAAGCUAUAUCGAAACCAAUUGAAGUUGAAACAGAGGAAAUCAAAUCAGAUAAAUCACAAGAACAUCAACCGACAAUAGUUAAAAAGCGUAGAUACCGAAACAUUGAAUUUGGAAUCAUCAGAAACUCAACCAGAAAAAACUGAGCCAACAAUAGUUAAAAUAACAGAAAAGGAACCAGAAAAAGAUGCACUAACUGAAAAGCAAC